AUGGCUUCUUCAUCCACGCAAAAAUUUGACACCCUACUUUCCACAACCAACUAUACUUCUUCCCGGAGAACGCCUUCGAUCUCUUCUUCUUCUUCUUCUUCGUCUUCGUCUUCAUCAGCAACACUGUCAUCUUCACUUGGAUCCUCGCAUUUUCAAGAUGAUUCUCCUCUCAGUCCAGCGGCUCCAGUUCGGUUUUCAGGCGUACCGUUUUCUUGGGAACGUUUACCUGGUAUCCCCAAGAAGCUUCAAAACCACAAGAAGAACGAAUCCAUCAAGUUGCUUCCAUUGCCACCUCCGGCUACUCCACCAACCUCCAGGAAGAACAUAUUGGGAAAUUUGUUAUCCCGGAAGAAAACUUCCACCGCCGCCGCUGCUGCUGAGAGUUUCCGAAAGGACCCAUUUUUCUCGGCAUUGGUUGAAUGUUCCAAGGAUGACGACAACGACAAUGACGAGGAUGAUAGCAAACUGUGGAGAGCAGCAGGGGCUAAGGUUACAAGGAGUAUCAGUGAGAGGUUCGGGUUCAUUAACCUUUAUUGUAAAAGUUGUUCAGUUUCAGAAUCAAUAGUCUAUCUCCCGAGGGCAAGUAGCAGAACAGCUAAUUAUGGCCUAAUUAAUCGUCGUUCCCGUUAA